GAACUGUCAUACUGUCAACAACAUAACCUAAUUAUGUCAGUGAAUUAAAUUAAUUUAUUAGUUUUUCGUUUACAACUUACACGAUGAUUGAAGUUACAGCAAAACUAUUACAUGGACACGUAUUCUUAUCUGGUGAAACUGUUGAAUGUAGCAUUUCUUUUACGCAUCCUCCAUUAGCCUCUCACAGAGUGUCUCAAAGCCACACAGAUAUUUUUGAAAGUUUGGCUUGGGCUGCUGCACAAAUCCACUGUCAGUGUUUCACAGAUUCAAAAAUACAAAAAGACGUGGAUAAAACAAAUCUGCAGCCAACAUUUGCUGACACUGCUUUAGGAGCUUCAAGUCAUGAUUCAGGUCAGAUCGAAAUUGCGACAAAACCGAAAAUAUUGUUCUGUGAUUUGCGACUAUCCCCUGGUCAAACUAAAACUUAUAUUUACAGAGAGAAAGUUCCAGCAGAUGCCCCACCUUCAUACAGGGGACAGUUGGUCAAAUAUUCUUAUAAAAUUAUAAUUGGAACACAAAGAGUCAACAGUCCUGUGAAGUUAUUAAGAGUUCCAAUCAGAGUUUUGCCAUUGUGUGAAGUGUCUCUUAAUGACGGCGCUUUAUGUAAUGAAACAACUGAGGAACUUACACCAGCAAACCCUUUUUUAGAAAUAAGGCAAAAAGAAACGUCCUUGGAUAUUUCUCUACAGACUUUACAAAAUAUAACAGCUCGACGCAAUCCAAACUUUUAUAUGAUAUCAAACACUUGGGGCAAAGUGGCUAGGUUUUGCCUCUUCAAACCUGCGUACAAACUUGGUGAAGACGUAAUUGGUACUUUUGACUUUACUGUUGCCACAGUUAAUUGUAUGCAAGUCUCUGUGUCGCUGCAGUGUGAAGAAGAAACUUUGAUUGACGUUAAUAAAGAAAAAUCUAAACAAGUUAGGAUUACUACAUUUAGCAAACAUCAUGAAGUGUGUUUGGGGUAUAAAUAUAUGCAACUUAUUUUACCUAUUCCUCUUCAUGUUACUCCAGCAUUUAACACGCAUUUAGUUACAUUAAGGUGGAGGUUACAUUUUGAGUUUGUUACCAGUACAAGUAAAGAAUUAGAACCACCUGAAAUUGACCAGUGUGGGUGGCAAGCACCUUCUGAAAUUCCAAUUGAAACAAUGGUUUGGAGUCUUCCUAUCAGAUUAUAUUCAACAACUCCUAUUCACGUGGCUCAGGGUGUUCAAAGUAACACUGUUCAUAAAUUAGUCAUAAGGUAAAUUUCAGUUGUCUGUAAUACAGAGGAAAUGAAACUUUUUUUAUUAAAAUAUGUAUUAUUAACAA